AUCAAUUUCAUUGGCUGACAAGCUGAGUGAGUUUCCGAACGCAAUGGUUCACGCACGCAUGAAAGUUCGACUGCUUUAGUUUCGAAAGUUUGUGUUAAAAUCUUAAUAAAUUCAGUGUAAAAACAACGAAAAAGGAACGACUUUAAUUAAUAACAUAGCUUAUGUUUAUUCUUUGUUUGGACGGAAUGUGAAUAUUAAUACAAGUUAAUUAAAACGAAGUGAAGCUAAGUGAUCAAGUUUAACUUUUUGUGUCAACAAGUUUAUAUCCUUUACUUGAAAGUUUUUGAAACAAGGCCGUGAUUCAAAGAUUUUCUUCUCACCCCGUGCGAAGAUCAACCAAGGGAAACUGUUAUGACGGUACUCAAAGCUGCUAACAAUGGAAGUAUCAGAGAGACAAUCCCACAACUUGAAUAGCUAGAAAACAUAAUAAAAACAAACCAAUUACCGCGCACAGCUAUGUGAAAAAAUAUAAUGUGACAUAACGCCAUCUAGCGGUUUGAUUACGAACUAGGUUGGACUGUGAAAGUGUUUUGAAUCAAGAUGAAGUUGAAUUUGUUUAAACGGUCGAUGAUUUUUGCGACUUUUUUUGGUUCGUGUUUGUGUAUAGCGUUGAUAGUGGCGUCUUUGGGGACUACGCAUUGGAUCGAUGCGCGCGCACGGAGAACGUCAAAUCCUUUGGAGUCAGAAGGCCGGAUCAGUUUUGGCCUCUUUGAAGGACGGAAGGAGCUGAACUUCGGAUAUGGGUGGAGGAACCAUGAUUUUAGUAUAAAAGCGGGUACACACCCAGCUCGUCGCUGGGCGUGGUGCGGCACCGCAGCACUGCUUGGCGCAGCGGUGGUGUCGGCGGGCGGCGCUUGCGUGCUGGCAGCGCUGGGAUCCGCAGCGAGAGCGCGGUGCUCGCCUAGACCGCUGCUGAUUAGUAACUCCUUAGCAGUGCUAUUCAGCCUUGGAGCGAUAGCAGUUUGGCUGACGGAGUACUUCCUGAGACUGCAGCACAACGUCAUGUCCGACGAGGAUCUGGCCAAUACCUGGUCUUCUGACGACACUGCUGACCUUGGACUGUCCUUCUGGUUGGUGGUAUCAGCAAGCAUAGCGGCAUUCAUCAACGAUGUUUGCAUUCUCAUAGCAAUGGCGGACGGGCGGGACAUCGACACUAUCGCGCCGGCACUAGAGGAGAAAGUCAACGGAGCUAUCAUGUUGUAUUAGUCAUUUUCAACCUUAAGAGACGUUGUUAAGGUCUGUUUUACCUUGUCGCG